AACAUUGAUAUGGUAAAGGAAUGCUAAAAAGGAGCAGAACUUUGGAUUUUACAAUAUGAGUAGCUCAGUUUUGUGGGUUGUGGUGGAGCCCGUAUGCAGAAUUCUUGGCAUCUUUACUGCUGCAGUGUUGUGUGCAGUGGGGGUAGAAACACUACAUCAGACAGACUUUUUCAGCCUGGCUGUCUAUCUCCUGGUCUCUUCAGCUGGCAUGAUGCUUUUUGAAAUGACAUAUUUCGUUGAUGCUUUUUUUGUGACGUGGUUUCCGUAUUCAGUUACUUCUACAUUUUUUGUCAUUUGGAAAAAGAUGGCUAAUGUCGGAGGCUUCCAGAAAUUCCUCUACUACACUGUUUUGUCCGUGAUGUGUUUUUUGCAUCCAGUUUUAGUCUGGCAUGCUGUCAUACCAGGGACUAUGCUGCUGCUGACAGGACUGAUGAACUUUAUUUUGAGUAAAAGAAAAAAGACAAAUCCUCCCAAAGAAGACAGAGAAACUUAUGCAGACUCAAUUGAGUGCAUUACUGAGUUGGAUGAACCUGAGCAAACCUUUUCCUUCCUCUACAUCAUCUCCGGCAAGCGAGCCUCUCGCCUACACAACAACUCUUCUGACUGCUCUCAGACCAUGCUUGGAGCAGAUCACUCCGGACAGAACAUUUACAAUCUACCAAGCAAAGCUGAGCAAAGAAACACGCACUUCAUAAAGAGUUUUAAAGAGGAUGACACUGAGCUGGAGGAGUUUGUCAUGGAUCCUGAUGAAACCACCUCAGAUAAAGCACCAAUGAUAAGAAUGUGAAUUGAGGCUGCAGGAAAGGAAAGGAUUGUUAUUCAAUGAAUCAUGCAAUUACAAAAGUACUUCAUGUUGAAAUAUGACUUAAACAGAAUCUGCUAUAAAAUCCAGGAAAUGUUUCAUUCUUUUGUUUUCAUAUGCAGAUACAUUUCCAUGCUUUCUGUUAAGAAAUAUCUACAGUUAUAGUUAUAUACAGAUUAAGCACCUGUCCUUCAAUAUAAUUUGAAUAAUUAUAUUAUUUACAGUAUGUUUUAAACAGUGAAGAUUAAAGUAUUUUGAAAUAAUUAGCCUAAUGGCCUCCAUGGUGAUGGCUUCCUUUAUAUAAACAAACAAAACCUGUGGUAUGAAAUAAAUAUUUUACACAAUAAUUCAAAAUUUUCAUUCAAUCAAUACAAGAAACUAUUUAUUUUUAUCUUUUCUUAAAUUUAUCUCAAUCUUUCCUAGAAUGUUAUGUAAUAAUAGUGCAAAAAUCUUUGACACCCUUGAAGCAAGAGGUUCAGGAAUAUUUUAAAUAAAGGCAGAUUCCAUUCUUAUUAGAAGUACUUGUUGGUCAUUCAUACCAUCAGCA